AUGGGAUUAUUCGGAACAUGGUCAUCCUCAUCAUCAUCGCAUCCAACAACAGCAUCCUCGGAAUUACUCGAAAAUUUUCUUGAUAUUGAAACAUUGAAUCGUUCCACAUGUGCAUUCAUCAAUCGAACCUUGUAUAGUGCGUCGGAAAGAGAUAAAACAAGUUUGCAGGCUUUUUAUUAUUCUUGUUUGGAUACCAUGUUUCGGAAAUUGGAAUUGUACAGAACGAGCAAACAAAAGAGUUACGAUUGGCAAUGUUCAAAAUAUCCGGAUUAUGCCAUUGUUCACACAGACUGGAUAUCAGAAAUGGAUGCACGUGCAAAAAAUAGUGAUGUUGCUUAUCAGAGCAUUCAAAAGAAGGAGGAAUUAAUUGCAAACUCUGAAGCUUGCCGAGCAUAUCUUCCCAAUACGCAUUCUUACAUGCCAAAACCAAUGAAUCCUCGAUCCACAGAACUCUUUGUUCCCACUAAGGAAGAUUUUGAAAUGGAAAAACAACUCUUAAAGUAUCAACUUUGUAUCAACUCGAUGAUGUGUGCCAACAGUAUUAAGAAGUGCAUGGCAUCCAUUCAAGGUGAAAAUGCACAAGCUGAGAAUAGACACUUCUCUACGUGCUUGGCAUUUGAUAAGAAUACCAUAAAAUGUGUGAAUUCUAUUUAA